ACCCCGGUCCCGCUGCCCCUUCCCCCUGUCCCUCCCCCGGGAGUCCCGUCCCGCACUGCCCCCGCCCCGCCCGACACGCCCCGACCCCACUGCCCCGCUGACCCUCCGCUUCGGCACACUCCGGCACCCUUCUAAUCCCCCCACAGACCCCAGUUACUGCCCUCAGGACCCUCCUAGGUGUCUCUUGCACCCCAGAACCUUCACCCAGUAUCCUGGUGCUCACUGGCACCUCAGCAACUGCUCCAGUACCCUCCUGAUCCCCGCUAUGUAGCCCCAGCUCUUCAUGUGCAAACGCUGCCCCCAGUAUCCCCCCAAAAUCUCCCCCAUCUAUACUGGUGCCCCAGUACAGCCACGUGCGGAGGAGCUAUCGGAGCUGUACCGAGAGCUGAGCCAGCACCCGGGACUCAGCACCGCCUGCCUCGGCCCCGACCUCACCACCCAGUACGGGGGCAAGUACUGCAGCCUCUACACUGAGUGGUCRCAGCGGGACCUGGCAAGGGCUGAGAACAUCAAGUUCUGCCGUCAGUACCUCAUCUUCCACGAUGGAGCCAGCAUUGUCUACUCAGGACCCGCUGGCACCUGCUCUGAGAUCAAGGGCGAGCUACUGAGUCGUGAGUCCCCCAGCGGGACGCUGAAGGCCGUCCUGCGCAAGGUCCCUGGCAAGGAGAAGGAGAAGGAAAAGGAGAAGCAAUUCCUGGAGGUCUGGGAUCAGAACCGCAAGGUGAAGAGCAUUGACCUGACAGCGCUGGACAAGCAUGGCAGCGUCUACGAUGAUGACCAGUUUGGGUGCCUUGCCUGGUCUCACUCGGAGACCCACCUGCUCUAUGUGGCGGAGAAGAAGCGUCCCAAGGCUGAGUCCUUCUUCCAGAGCAAAGCCCCCGAGCUGGGCACCUCUGACGAGGACAUGGGGCACCCCAAGAAGGAGGAUGCACCCGUCAAGGGCGAGCAGUUCGUGUACCAUGAUGACUGGGGGGAGACACUGAGCGCUCGCAGUGUGCCGGUCCUCUGCGUGCUGGACAUCGAGGGCAACAGCAUCUCAGUGCUGGAGGGCAUCCCUGAGCACCUCUCUCCUGGCCAGGCUUUCUGGUCACCUGAGGACACUGGUGUGGUGUUCGUGGGCUGGUGGCACGAGCCCUUCCGYCUGGGGCUGCGGCACUGCACGAACCGCCAGUCAGCGCUCUUCUACGUGGACCUAACGGGCGGGAGAUGUGAGCUGCUCUCUGAGGACACCAGGGCCGUGUGGUCACCACGACUCAGCCCCGACGGCUGCCGCAUCGUCUACCUGGAGAACARUGUGCUGGGCCCCCACCAGCAGUGCAGCCGCCUCCGCAUGUAUGAUUGGUACACCAAACACACCAGCACGGUGCUGGAYGCUGUGCCACGGCAAGCAUGGGGUGCCUUCCCGGGAAUCUAUUGCGGUGCACUGCCAGGGAUGUGCUGGGCAGCUGACAGCCGCAGGAUCCUGCUGGACACRGCCCAGCGUAGCCAGCAGGAUGUGUUUGUGGUGGACACGGCAACAGGCAGCACAACCUCGCUGACAGCUGAUGCCCCCCAGGGAAGCUGGUCUGUCCUCACCAUCGACCGGGACCUCUUGGUGGCCAGGUUCUCCACCCCUAGCUGCCCCCCCAUGUUGAAAGUGGCCGUCCUGCCCACCGCCAGCCAUGAGGCACAGACACAGUGGAUCUGCCUGCAGGACGCACCCCCCGUGCCCGGCAUCAGCUGGAGCAUCCGCACCCUGCAGCCCCCACCGGAGCAGGAGCACGCCCAGUAUGCGGGCCUGGACUUUGAUGCCAUCCUGAUGCGCCCAAGCGAGGGUCCCACAGCCCAGAAGCCUCCCUUGGUCGUGAUGCCCCAUGGGGGUCCCCACUCUGUCUUCACAGCCGGAUGGAUGCUGUACCCGGCAGCGCUGUGCCGCGUGGGCUUUGCUGUGCUGCUGGUGAAUUACCGUGGCUCGCUGGGCUUUGGCCAGGACAGCGUGGCCUCCCUGCCAGGCAACGUGGGCACACAGGACGUACGUGAUGUGCAGCUCUGUGUGGAGCGGGUGCUGCAGGAGGAGACGCUGGAUGCCAGCCGGGUGGCACUGGUCGGUGGYUCGCAUGGGGGCUUCCUGGCGUGCCACCUCAUCGGGCAGUUCCCUGACACCUACCACGCCUGCGUGGUCCGCAACCCCGUGGUGAACAUCGCCUCCAUGGUGGCUGCCACCGACAUCCCAGACUGGUGCCUGACAGAGACAGGGCUUCCCUACAAACCUGAUGCCCUGCCAGACCCAGCCCAGUGGACAGAGAUGCUGCACAAGUCACCCAUGCGCUAUAUCGACCACGUCCGUGCACCCGUGCUGCUGAUGCUGGGGGAGGAUGACCGGCGUGUGCCCCCCAAGCAGGGGCUGGAAUAUUACCGUGCCCUCAAGGCCCGGGGAGUGCCCACACGGCUUCUCUGGUACCCAGGGAACAACCACGCGCUGGCUGGCGUCGAAGCGGAAGCUGAUGGCUUCAUGAACAUGGCACUGUGGCUGCUCAAGCACCUACARUGCUAAGGGACUGCCCUGCUGCUAACCCCCAAUAAAUCAUGUACUUCAGCACUUCAGUGUC